CCAAAGUGAAGAAAUCUUGCCCUUUGAUUUCCCUUAAUUUCCACGCGAUCCUCUUCUUUGGCUUUUCUCCCGUCGAGGAAGGAUCUCAAGCAUAGUCUUAUACGGAUUCCCAUAUCUCCGCGGUGAAUUAUGGCAUCUGGGUCGGCGGGUCGGGGGAAUUCCGGCUCCAAGGGGUUCGAUUUCGGUUCCGAUGAUAUCCUCUGCUCCUACGAUGACUAUGCCAACCAGGAUUUGUCUAAUGGUAGCCAUAGUGAACCUGUGAUCGGUUCCGUCAGCUACGGCAAGGAUACUCACAAGGGCAGAAUGACAAGAUCAUCAGCACUUCCUACCAGUGCAUAUGGUCAGCCAGAUGACUCUUUCAUCCAAGAUGUGAAUGUUACUGUUGAAAAAGCAAUGAAGAAGUAUGCUGACAACCUCAUGCGCUUUCUUGAGGGAAUAAGUUCGCGUCUAUCGCAGUUGGAAUUGUAUUGCUAUAAUCUUGAUAAAUCAAUUGGAGAUAUGCGAUCAGAUUCAAUCCGUAAUCAUGAGGAGGCAGAUUCAAAGCUUAAAUUUAUUGAGAAACAUCUUCAGGAGGUCCAUAGAUCUGUGCAGAUCCUGAGGGACAAGCAGGAACUUGCAGAGGCUCAGAAGGAGUUAGCUAAGCUGCAACUUGUGCAGAAGGAAUCUUCCUCUUCCAGUCAUUCCCAAUCCAAUGAAGAGAGAACAUCACCAUGUGCCUCUGAUCCUAAAAGGACCAACACCACAUCUGACAUGCAGAGCCAGCAAUUGGCUCUUGCCCUGCCGCAUCAACUAGCCACACGGCAACAGCAUGUCACACCACCCUCUCAAGCCCCACCUCAGAAUUUGGCCCAACAACAGUCCUACUAUAUACAUGCCAACCAAAUAGCAAAUCCGCAAGCCCCAGCCCCAGCCCCAGCCUCCAUGCCAACCCAACACCCCCAGAGUCAAUAUUUAUCUUCAGAUCCUCAGUACCGAACACCUCAGAUGCAAGACAUCUCUAGAAUGCCACCCCAGCCUAGUGUCACUCAAGUGAAUCAGGUGCCAUCGAGUCAACCAUUCCCUCAGUAUCAGCAGCAAUGGGUUCAGCAAUUACCACAGCAGGUACCAUCACAGCAACAGUCCUCCAUGCAAUCACAGAUCAGGCCCACAUCAUCAACAGUCUAUCCUUCCUACCCUACCACUCAAUCUGCAAACCCAUCUCAACCGGAGGCAUUGCCACAUGGUAUGCCCAUGCAUGUGCCAUAUUCAGGAGUUCCUCAACCUGUAUCAAGCCGUGUUGAUGCUAUUUCCUAUGGAUAUGGUGCACCUGGUAGAACAGCUUCCCAGCAGCCUUCACCACAGCAAAUCAAGGGCACUUUUGGACCACAACCAGCUGAUAAUUAUCCAGCUUCUGGGCCCCAUCCUUCUCUUCCUCCAGGGAGUGCACAUAUGAUGUAUGAUAGUGAAGGUGGGAGGUUGGUGCAUCAUCAUCCAUCCCAACAACCCCACUUUGCUCAGGGUAGCUAUCCUCCACCACAUGUCUCUAUGCAGAAUCCUCAGCCCAGCACAGGUGGCAGUCUUAUGGUCAGGAACCCAAGCCACCCUCAAUUCAUUCGCAACCAACCCUAUGGUGACUUGGUUGAGAAAUUGGUGAACAUGGGUUUCAGGGGUGAUCUUGUUGCCAGUGUGAUACAGAGGAUGGAGGAGAGUGGCCAGGCUGUGGAUUUUAAUGCUGUGCUUGACAGGUUGAAUGUGCAUUCCACAGGCGCUUCACAGAGAGGAGCGUGGUAAACUUCAUCUCAUAUGAAUUUCGAAUAUUAAUUUGAAUAAGCAUCAGCGCACUCAUAUGUGUCCUUGGAGGAACAGUUAUUUGUAUACGUUGCCUCCACUAGUGACUUAUCUUUGCCUGUUGGGAAGUGUUUCCUUGUUUUUGGUCACACUUUAGUCCCAUGUCCUGGUACCUGUUUUAAGUCAGAUGGAUGUGGAAGUUUGGCAAGCAUUGUAGCCUUGUAUCUUUGGGAUUGCAACUAGUCAUUGAACAAUUUUCUUGAGAACUUAAUUCUUCAGUGAUGUCUCCAUAACCUGUACGGACUACGGAGAAUAUUGCUCUCAAAAUUACUGAGAACUUUAUUUCUCAGUCGUCUAGCCUUCCAGUCGGUAUU